AUGAAAUUGCAUCAGGAACCCGAGACCGUACAAAUUGCGACGUUGCUGACGGUGAUCGGAGCCGAAGCUAGGAAAGUUUUCUCGACGUUUACGUUUGGCGAGGAUGACCGUGACAGAAUACAGCCGGUUUUAGAGAGUUUUGCUGCUUAUUGGCAGCCGUUGAAGAAUGUUCCUUUUGAAAGAUAUAAGUUUUACUCUAGAAUGCAAGAAGCGGGAGAAUCGUAUGACCAUUAUCGGACAGUCCUACGAAAAUUAGCUGAUCGAUGCGAAUUUGAAGCCAUUACGGCAGAUCAAAUUUUACGGGAGCUUGUUUUCGGAAUCCAGGAUUCAGAGGUACGUGAGAGAUUGCUUCGAGAAAAGAAUUUGUCACUGCAGAAAACUGAUGAAAUUUGUCGGGCGCACGAGACAAUGAUUCAAGAGAAGAAACUUGUUGGAGGUGCCAGCACUGGGGAUACAGAUCCGGGCGAUGUAAAUGCCUUUUAUAAAAAGCCUAAAGGAGCGAAAAAGAGGUGUGAUCGAUUCCCUGGAGGCGUUGACUCCCGAGUGAAAGCACGUGUCUAUUGCGGGCGUAUGCAUGAUCUGUCAAAGCGUGAAAACUGUCCAGCUUUUGGAAAAAGGUGUAAAAAGUGUAACAAGAAAAACCAUUUCGCGACCGUGUGUUUUGGAUCAGUGACUAAACCGUUGCAGCGAGGCAGUCGUGUUCAUUAUUUGGAGGAUGGAUCUCCAGACGAAGUUUUUGGCGUGGAGGAGAUUUCAGCGGUGACUCUUGAUGAUUCGCAGCUUGUAACAUUAAAAUUGGAGUCAGGAACUUAUCUUCGCUAUCGGCCGGACACUGGAGCGCAAUGUAACGUGGUCCCUUUGCAUUUGUAUAAGAAAGCGACAAGUUACUUUAAUUUGCUUAACGUGACUCCAUUAAGCACGGCAAUUAUUUCGUAUGGUGGGACAUCGAUUCCUAUCCUUGGUAGAGUUCGUUUGAGGGUUUGGUAUGGAGAUUUCAGAUGUUUUCUUGACUGUAAUCUGGUGGACAGCAAAAAAGUCAGGCCUAUACUUGGCAGGAGAGCCUGUCUCGGAAUGGAAAUCAUCAAAUACUUGGACAAUAAUCAGUUGAAUCAUCCCCAGACCUCUGAUGGUGACGUGUAUGCGCAUGAUGCGCAAACCGAGUCUCUUUUGUCCGCUGACCAGUUGGUCAAGAAAUUCCCUCGUGUUUUCGGUGAUGGAGUUGGUAAACUUCCUGGAGAAUAUCACAUGGAGCUGGAUGAAACGGUGAAGCCAAUUGAACACCCUCCUCGCCGAGUACCGGUUGCCACUCGUGAAUGUCUUCGAGAGACUUUAGAAGAUUUGGAGAGCCGAGAAAUUGUAGCUCGUGUGACAACGCCCACAUCUUGGAUUAGUUCAAUGGUUGUUGUACCAAAGCCAAACGGUGCCUUACGCAUUUGCUUGGACCCUAAGGAUCUCAAUCGAGCUCUGCAACGAGAGAAUUAUCUUUUCCCUACCAUCGAAGAGGUUGCUUCUAAGCUCCAUGGGGCCAAAGUGUUUACUGUGUCCGAUGUUGCCUGUGGAUUCUGGCACGUUUUUCGUGACAAGCAGUCAUCGUUCCUAACUACCUUUUAA